AAAAAAGGAGAAAGAAAGCGACAACACAACAACAAGUAAAAUUGUUACAGCAACAGCUUACUAACGAAUAAAAAUGGAUGACUGGGACGAAGCAGAUUUAGUACCAAGUCUGUUUGAAAAUGCAGCAGAAAUGAAGCUUUCGAAUUUUUGUAUCGCUGCACAAGAAGGGAAUAUUGAAAAGCUACAACAAAUGCUGGAUCAGAAACAAGUCAGGGACAUCAACAUGCAAAGUCCUAAGAAAAAAGAAACAGCUUUGUUAUACGCAUGUAGAGGUGGACAAUUAAGGGCUGUCAAUUUUUUAGUUGAGCAUGGUGCUGAUGUAAAUUUAAAAGACAUUCGUGGCAAACAUAGUCUUCACUUAGCUUCAUCAGGAGGAUUUUUAGAGAUUGUAAAAUAUUUGAUUAAUCAAAAAGCAAAACUAGACGUUGUGGACAAAUAUGGCCGAAGUUGUUUACAUUGGGCUGCAACAAACAAACAUUACGAUAUUGCUGUAUUAUUGCUGGAAUCAGGUGCUCCAGUCACAUACAGCAUAUCCAACAAUUGGCAACCGUUACACGAAGCAGCGAAAAGUAAUGAAGUGCAAAUUUUACAAUUGUUGAUGAAGAAUGGUGCACAUAUCAAUAACCCUGUGACAGACAAUAAGCCUCAGCCAUUCAGCCCACUUCAUAUUGCUGCGCGUGAGGGAAGUGUGGAAUGUUUAAAGUUAUUGCUGAAGAAUAAAGCAGUUGUAAACGCUGUCAACCGGGGUAAAUCAACAGCUCUACAUGAAGCAGCUUUCAAAGGAUCGAAGGAAUGCUGUCGUGAGCUGAUUCUACAUGGUGCUGAUCCGCACGCAAGAAAUAAUUUAGAAAGAACUCCAUUAUUAGAAGCUUGUAAUCGAGGCAACUUACAAGCCGCCAUGUUGCUGCUUGAUGCCGGCUGUUUUGUAAAUCGGCCCGACAGAGUGGGAGACACAGCUCUACAUCAUUUGCUACGUCACAACCAAGAACGGUUGACUGCGGAACAACUGGCAGGAUUUACAGACAUUUUAUUACAAUAUGGUGCUAAGAUGAAUACUGUCGGCACCGAUGAUGAAACUCCGUUGAUGCUGACUCAGCGUAUGAUGGAGAAAGAUGUAUAUGAUGUUAUGUGCACAGCGAUGGAGAAACCACGUUCGUUGCUUCACUGUGCGAAGAUAAUGUGUCGUAAGAUAGUUUGUUGUCAAUAUGAGAACAUCAAAAACUUCCCUAUCCCGAAAAAUUUACAAAUAUAUUUAUUACAAAAUUCAAAAUAUUAUUCUGGAUGGUAAAAUAGUAGUUGUAAUUUCGCACGUGUACAAUGUUAUUUUUUUACUGUUUUUAUUAUUAAUUAGAUGUUUUAUUUAUUGGUAUAUUUCUAAAUAUUUUCCUUAUUUUUAUCUUCUAUUUAACGUUUUGUUUUAAAAUGUUAUUUAAAAUCUCUCAAUAUUUUCAAAGUUUUAUAAAUUGAAAAAGAACAUAGAGGGUGAAAU